CUCUCUCUCUCUCUCUCUCUUUCUUUAGGUUUCACGUCAGGUCAGUUGUCACAGUUGGAGGAUAAUUCUGAACUGAUAGAACAAAGAGAGAGAGAAAUAGUAUCAGUAGUUAGAUCAAUAUCUGAAAUAAAUGAAAUGUAUAAAGACCUGGCAACAAUGGUAGUGGAACAGGGUACAAUAUUGGAUAGGAUUGAUUACAAUGUUGAGAGGACACUUCAUAAAGUCACUGAAGGUGUCAAACAACUGGAGAAGGCUGAGAAGCAUCAGAAGAGAUCAAUCAAGUUAAUUAUUAUAAUAGUAUUAAUAGUUAUAAUAGUAGUGGCUGUUGUUACUUUUAUUAUUGUUAAAGUUGUAAGGAAAGGAAAAGGAAUUAUUUAAUAAUACAUUGGACAAUGACAAUGCUAACAUAAUUUGUUAAUUAAUGUGCAUUCUGUAUGUGUUUAAUAUUAUUUUUAAAAUAUAGCUCGAAAGCAAAAA